UUUAUAAUGUCUCAUUUGGCUCAUACUUAACUAAAUGAAUCUGAAAUCCAGAAAGUAACGUAUCCAAACUUAGCAGAUGUGAGAUACGAAGAAAAUACAGAUAAAAUAUUUGUAGGAAUUCCAACCUAAAAUCAUUUUAUAUAAAGUGGUAAUUUAUUCUGUAAAUAAUCAGGUAUUCCAAUUCCAACUGGUUUUCUUGUCACUCCUUUGUACAAUACUGAUACUAAUACUACUAAUCUACCAUAUGAUGCUCAAGGAUCAAUUAUUCCUAUCUAAAUUUAAUGUAAAUAUUGUAAGAAGCCUGGAACUACUUUAAUGCAGCAUAGAGCUGGACCACAAACUUGGAUUGUUGCAUUUUUCAUAUUUAUAUUCUUUUUGCCUCUUGUCUUUUUGCCCUUUGUAUUGAAGAGCUGUAAAGAUAAAGUUCAUUAUUGUCCAAACUGCGGAUAGUGUGUUGGCAAGAAGAAAUUCAAACUUUGUAACAGUGAUUGAGUUUAUUAUUUUUAAGGCAUUUGAAUAAUAAAAUAUUCCAUAAAUUUUAAAUAGAUCAGUAG